AUGGCUUGCAAAGAGAUGAGCAAAGAAACUUCAGCUGAUUUUCAUGUCCCAGUCUCGUGUCCCUUCACAAUCGAUGAAAUUGAGAUCAAUGGGCUGACGAAUUCAACGACGUACCUAAUCCGAGAGCAUGAUCGGUACGGCGAAUUCCCGCACAUCUACGCGAAGAUAUGCGGUACUCCAUCAUCUGGCACACCACACAUUCAUCCCAAUCUAAGGCACAGAAAGGUGUGUUGGGCACCUAGCGUUGCGGUUCAAAAUGAGUUGGAAGGAUAUAAAGUCAUUGUCCUUAGCGACACUGGUUGCGGGACAGAGGUGCCCAAUUCAAGGCCUCAGCCGUCACCUCCAACGCAGCUCCAUGACGAGCAGCGCCAGUGCAAGAUACGCACUGAACCUGCGGUGUGGAAUAUCCGAACAUUCCUUGAGUACACGAUAAACCCUGGUGGAAGGAUACCUUACCUCGUCAUGACUACCCAUUGCCACUAUGACCAUAUCAUGGGCAUUGGGAGAUUGCCUCCUACUUCGACUGCGACAGACUACGAGAACAGCAAAGACCAUGUAUCAGACGUUUGCCUUUCUGACGAAUCAGCCCGCCCUCGAACGACGGUUUUGUCCUCCUCUUACGGCAAAUCGUUCAUUACACCCUACUCCAACCUCCAGGACCACAGCCUUUGCGAUAAACUCGGUCUCCAGGCGCCGAGGUACGAUGUUGGAAUCUGGGCCGCGGACCUAUCCCACGUUAUCUUUACGCAUCCGACUAUCUCGUCCUCAUCUCCUGCGAAGGUCUCUCCGCGACCGCUGCCCGUCAGCAUUACAACACCCUUGACGAUCCUCCAUACCCCGGGGCACACUCCGGACUCCCUAUCAUGGUACGACUCAGACCUCCGGCUCUUAUGUGUCGGAGACAGCUUCUACGUCAAGGAGACUGCAGUCACUCAGGAUGCAAAGUGGGGUCCAGAACCGCCGAUGCCGGUCAUUUUCGACCUGGAGAGUGAUUUGGGACAGUGGUGGUGGAGCCUGAAGAAGGUCUUGGGCUUUGUCCGAGUGAGGAAUGCAGAAACCGAGAAAAGGGAGGUUCGUGAGAAUGAGGGCUUGCAGGCGGAAGCGAAAGAUUAUGACGAAGUCGGCACCGAUGCAGACGAUGACGAGGAAUUCGUAUACAUCGACGCCGACGAGCUGGCGCCCACUGCUUCGAAGAACAGUGUGGAAGUGGCGGCUAAAGAAAGAGCACGGCCCACCCUGCCAUCUCAUUCCGUGGAAGAGUCGAAAGAGCAUGCCAAUGUGAAGACAGUGCCAAAGAGAAUCGUCACAGGAAAACAAGAGACACGGACGAAACAAACGGGCUUCGACAUCCCUUCACCCAGCAAACGCGGCGUCAUUGCAUUACCGAUCCUUUCCGCACCAGAGGGCCGCCUCCCAGCAGAUACAGACCAGGCUGACGACGUGUGGAUGAUGGUCGUCGACCCAGUCGCUCGACCACGUCCUCAGCGCCAACUCGACCACCCACCGCGCUUCGGUCUGAACCCAGUAAUAACCUCGCACCGCGUGCAGCCGGGUCUUCCGGACCCCCGUCUUAAAAGGGAGGGAAUUCGUCCUCGUCCUCGUGACCUGUCGAUCCCCCAGGUGCAGACCCAACCCCAAGGCUUCGCGACAAGGCGUCCCAGAGUCCGCCUCUGUGCUGCGCACACUACGCUCUCCGUCGAUGCAGAGCGAGCCAUCCUCUCGAUCCAGCGCUUCAUGACGAGGAUCCUCGAGAACGACGUGCCGUGCAGACGAGCCGAGGACGGCCCCAGAGGUGAGGAGCGCUGGAUAUGGGACGACGCGCUCUCUUCCCCUAUCUCGAGCGCCACCCAGACAGACACGGAUGUCAUGGCGAUGAAGGAAAGGCGCGAUACCAGUGUCCAUGCAGAACGCGCGGAGCCUGAGCAGGGACAUCGCCGCGGGACUAGAAUGGCCGUGAGUGCGACGCCUGCUAGGUCCAAGUCGAAGCACAGCUACAGCUACAGCGUCGUCGCGCCGCUGAGUGUGAUCAACGAAGGCCGGAGAAACAUUCUCGGCCGUCACCGUCACCGUCACCCAGCUGGGGUGGUCUAG